AUGGACUCACCCCUCCUCUCCUUUGCCGAUUUCGACAGUCCUCUCCCUGCCAGCUGGCACGAAGUCCGCCACUACGACGACCUCGACACCGGCCUUGGAGAAGGCUUCGAUUUCGACAACCCCUGGAGGCACUUCCUUCCCCUGCCCCCAUUGACUAUGCGGCUGUCGAGACCGACAACGCCCGGCAACCUCCCUGGCUUUGACGACCUCUGCCCUUCCCACUGGUGGGGAAGGGCAAUGUCUCCUGCUUCGGCAGAGCCAGUGAGAUUGAGACCGUUGGGUUGCGACUGCGAGGUCGAAGCCAGUGAUUCGGAGGACGAGGUCUUGCUGGACGAGACCGACUCUGAAGAUGAACUUCGUCCCAUGCAAAUGGCGGCGAAGAGACCUGUGGGUGCCUUUGGCCCUGCAGGUUCUGGUGACGACGAAGAGGAGAGGCCCGCUUCAGGUGGCGACCCCAUCGCGGAAGCUCCUGAAGGGCAGCAGGAACUUGAGGAGGACGAGAACGAGGAGUUCGAGGACGACGACGACGAGUACGCCCCUGCUCGCCCUGUUCGUCGCGCAGCAGGAGGCAAGCAACCCUCAAGGGUCUCGGCCGCGCCCGCUCCCAUCAUCUCCUCUCGCAAGGCAAGCACUUGGUCUCUGGCCGAGGAUGCUGCCUGCAUCAAGUUCAUGAAGGAGGUGUGCACUCUGGCUGGGUACGCCGCCAUUGCUGCCACAGAGAAGCGCUUCGAGGUGGUCGCCGAUCGCAUGAAGCGUGAAGCUGGCUUCAACCGCACCGCUUCUGGUGUGAAGCUCCAGUGGAACCGCAGAUUGCGGGCUGCCUCGGGGUUCGAGGAUCGCGGUGAGAAGAAGCGGGCUUCUGGGCUCACCACCUCUGCUCUUCCUGGUCAGAGCACCAAACGUGGCACCUCUGCUGUCACCUCUUUGGUUGCCAGCACUCCAUCGAACGGCAAGGAGUCUUCGGCAACUCCUGCUUCUUCCAUCGAGACAAGCUUCGGUCGCCGUCAGAACAACAAGCGCAAGGCCAACUCCGACGACGAAGACGACGACGACUUCAUCUCUGCACCUCUUCCUUCGAAGCCUGCCAAACGUGUUCGUAGCACCUCGGUUGUGUCUUCGUCGGCUGUGCCUUCGACUCAAGAUCAUGCCUACUACGCCCUCUCGACCGAGAACAUCCUUUCUGGUCCCAGAUCAUCUCGUCACAGACGUGAUCCCGCUCCAACCAUCACUGCACCACCACCAUCUGCCAGAUCAUCUCGCCAGAAGCCCAUCACCACCACCAGCGACGACGAUGAUGAGGAAGAAGUCAUCCAACCUCCCAAGCAACCAGCCAGACCAAGUCAGCAGAAGCGUGCUCGAUCCAUCAACAACGAUGAAGACGACGAACAAUCCACUGCAGCACCUUCACCCAAGCGCAAGCGUUUCUCCAAUGACGACAAACAACCCACCUCAGAGCCUCAGUCCAAAAAGGAAAAGCGCAUCGACUUAGGCGAAUGGUAUGAUCCCAGACAGCACUACACACGCAAGGCUUCGCCUGAACCUGCACCAACCAAGUCACCCGACCCAGGACCCACCAAAAAGGCAUAUUGGUUGAAGAUUCUCGCCGAUCGUCAAGCCAGAGCUGCCAUUGAACGUGAGGAACGCGAACGCCAACGUCAAGCCCAAGAGCAAGAAGCGCAAGACGACGAAGACGACGAGGAAGAUGAAGACCCCAUUGUCAACCCUGCCGACAGAACCAGAAAGAACCGCGAACUUCGCAGACAAUUUCCCUUGGACUCGAACAGAAACAACAACAACAACAACAACAACAACAACAACACUGCUGGUAUAGAUUUUGAGAGCGACCUCAUUGUUACCAGCGACGCUGCUGCUCAAAUUGCUGCCGACGAGGAGAUGGCAAGACAAAUGGAGGAAGAGUGGAAUGAAGAACCUGCUCCUCGCGCGCGUCGUGGUCGCGGGUUUAAUUGA